CUACGAUCGGAUACCAGAGUGCAAAAUUAUGUUCGUUUGAGGUUGCAGCCUAGGUUAGACAUUGAUCUGGGAAGAAAAAAACCAACCGGGGCCGGGGGGCGAUUUGCAAGUUAACCGCGGCCACCUCUACGGUUAUUACACAAAUUGAAACCCGCAGGGAUAAAAUGAAAACCGCAACAUCCCCUGCAGUCCUUUUGUAAAAAUGGACAAAGGAUAAAAAUGUCAUUUUAGUUUAAUUUACGGGCGAUAAAUAGUACGAUGAGUUGUAACUUCUAACUAGACAAGCUUGGCUAAGUUAAGAUCUCCAAUAGCCCAUAUUACGGGGUAGAUUCUUGGAUGGUCACAGAAGCAACUAGCCCAGCUUUAGCCCAGCCCAUUAUCAAACACACAAAACAAAACAAAAAUGACAGAAACAUAGCCACGGCCACCGGAGUACCGACGCCGUUGUGAAUUGCGCUAGCUAAACCGCUCCGCUACUGCAAAAGCUGGAGCUGGAUACUAAGAGCAGAGCAGUGAGCUGAGCGCAGUAGGCGAAACCACCAAACCUCAUUCCGUUGGCCGCUCUUUAGCCAUUGGUGCCAGAUAGAGAAGGUGCACUGCUUCUUCUUUUAUCUUGCCGUGCCGGAGUGAGAGCAUACCUUCCGCCGCCUUGUUUUUUUACCUCGCCUGAGAUCUGUCCAUUUCGAUUCUUUCUCUUCCGGUCCGGGAAGAAUGGAGUACCGCAAAAUCAAAGACGAGGACCAACCUGAUUCGGGCCCUGUUGAUGGCGACAUUGAGAGUUCAAGAGGCAAAUCUCCUGCUCCAAUCAGUAGUAGUAUUGCUGCGCUUGGAGCUGGUCCGCAAUGGAAGCGCAAGACGAUCGUCACCUUUGCAUUGACUCUUCUUACAAGUUCACAAGCCAUUCUCAUCGUUUGGUCUAAAAGAGCUGGCAAGUAUGAGUAUAGUGUCACCACUGCGAAUUUCCUCGUGGAGACACUGAAAUGCUUUCUAUCGCUUGCUGCCUUGGCAAGAACCUGGAAAAAUGAAGGCGUUACAGAAGAUAACAGGUUGAGUACAACAAUCAAUGAAGUGAGCGUUUACCCUAUUCCGGCUGCACUCUACCUAGUAAAAAAUUUGCUUCAGUAUUAUAUCUUUGCCUAUGUGGAUGCUCCAGGUUAUCAGAUUCUGAAGAACCUUAACAUUAUCAGUACUGGUGUGUUGUAUCGAAUGAUACUUAAGAGAAAGUUAAGUGAGAUCCAAUGGGCAGCCUUCAUUCUUUUGUGUGCUGGGUGCACCACCGCCCAACUGAAUCCUUCGUCUGAUCAUGUUCUUCAAACCCCUUUCCAAGGUUGGAUGAUGGCCAUUGUAAUGGCACUCUUAAGUGGUUUUGCUGGAGUAUACACUGAGGCCAUAAUGAAGAAGCGUCCCUCAAGAAAUAUAAAUGUGCAGAAUUUCUGGUUAUAUGUUUUUGGUAUGGCUUUCAACGCUGUUGCAAUACUGAUCCAGGAUUUUGAUGCAGUCAUGAACAAGGGAUUCUUCCAUGGAUACUCAUUUGUUACUGUUCUCAUGAUUCUCAACCACGCACUAAGUGGGCUAGCAGUGUCCAUGGUUAUGAAGUAUGCAGACAACAUUGUAAAGGUGUACUCUACUUCAGUGGCAAUGCUUCUAACAGCAGUUGUCGCGGUGUUUCUGUUUGGCUUUCACCUCUCACUUGCCUUCUUCCUUGGCACAACUGUCGUCUCUGUGUCCGUGUAUCUGCACUCCGCUGGAAAGCCUCCAAGAUAGUGAAAUAGACGACCAAAGCAACCUCCCUCUCGCGAAAAUGGCCUCUGCAGAAAGAUGCAUUUUGAGAUACUUACUGGCUGAUUGUUCUUCUCCUUGGUUUAGAUUGCCUUUCAGUCACAGAGAUUACAGCAUGUGGAAACCGCGAUUCAAAAGUAUCAGAUAUUAGAGUUUUGAUGGCUUUUUUUACUUGAAAAAUACACCACCUCUCAUGUUGUAAUUGGAAUUCACCAUCCUGCGAUCUCUUACAAUAGAAUAGAGUAGCUUCCAUUAUUCAGUUUCCAACAUUUCCUUUCUGUUGUUUUUCAAAAGUAUGCAACCGCAAUUACAACGCCGAUCAACCAUCAACAAAAGCCUAAGUUACAUACGCCUUCUUGCCAUACCUUACAUAAUGAAUAUGAAAGCUUUAACUGGUACAAUAACAGUACUUUUAGGAGCUACUUUAGCGCUUGCUCAAAAA